AACUAAUAUUUAUGUCUUUCUUGUUAUCCUUCAGUGGGAUGACGUCUCAGCGUGUGUCCUGUCACAUUGCUCCCUUCCCCAUCUCCUGUGUCCCUCUCAUCUGUCCAUCUGUGGGGUCCUGACGCCAGCAGGGGCUCAUGAGACGCUUUGUGUACUGUAAGGUGGUGCUGACCACCUCUCUGGUCUGGGUGCUAGUGGACGUCUUCCUGCUGCUGUACUUCAGUGAGUGCAACAAAUGCGACAACAAGAAGGACCACUCACUCCUGCCUGCGCUCAGAGCAGUGAUGUCCCGCACCCAUGAGGCACCAGGUGAAAUGGGGAAGGCUGUGAUCAUUCCCAAAGAAGAGCAGGAGAAGAUGAAAGAGCUCUUUAAAAUCAAUCAGUUCAACCUUAUGGCCAGUGACAUGAUUGCGCUUAACAGGAGUCUGCCAGAUGUCAGGCUGGACGGCUGUAAAACCAAGACUUACCCUGAUGACCUUCCAAACACCAGCAUUGUAAUUGUGUUUCAUAAUGAAGCCUGGAGCACACUUCUAAGAACCAUACACAGCGCCAUAAACCGCUCGCCCAGACACCUGCUGCUCGAGAUUCUGCUGGUGGAUGAUGCCAGCGAGAGAGAUUUUCUAAAGAAAAAAUUAGAGGACUAUGUUGCAACUCUGGAGGUUCCGGUGCGAAUUUUGAGGAUGGAGCAGCGAUCCGGUUUGAUCCGAGCACGACUAAGAGGGGCGGCUGCCACACGAGGACAGGUCAUCACCUUCCUGGACGCCCACUGUGAGUGCACUGUAGGGUGGCUGGAACCGCUGCUGGCCCGGAUCAAAGAGGACAGGAGGGCUGUGGUCUGUCCAAUCAUUGAUGUCAUCAGUGAUGAGACAUUCGAGUACAUGGCCGGCUCAGAUAUGACCUAUGGGGGAUUCAACUGGAAACUCAACUUCAGAUGGUAUCCUGUUCCUCAGAGAGAGAUGGACCGACGCAAGGGGGACAGAACCCUUCCUGUUCGAACUCCCACAAUGGCAGGAGGUCUGUUCUCUAUUGACAGAACCUAUUUUGAAGAGAUUGGCACCUAUGAUUCAGGCAUGGACAUAUGGGGAGGUGAAAACCUUGAGAUGUCUUUUAGGAUCUGGCAGUGUGGAGGAUCUCUAGAGAUAGUCACAUGUUCUCAUGUAGGCCACGUGUUCCGGAAGGCCACACCAUACAGCUUCCCUGGUGGAACUGGUCAGGUGAUCAACAAGAACAACAGACGAUUGGCUGAAGUCUGGAUGGAUGAGUUUAAAGAUUUUUUCUACAUCAUCUCACCAGGUGUGGUUCGGGUGGAUUAUGGCAAUGUUUCUGCUCGGAAGGCUUUAAGGGAAUCUCUGAAGUGUAAACCCUUCUCAUGGUACCUGGAGAACAUCUACCCCGACUCACAGAUUCCACGCAGAUAUUUCUCACUUGGGGAGAUCAGAAAUGUUGAGACAAAUCAGUGUGUGGAUAACAUGGGCCGUAAAGAGAAUGAAAAGGUUGGCUUCUUCAACUGUCAUGGAAUGGGCGGCAACCAGGUGUUCUCAUAUACAGCUGACAAAGAGAUCCGAACUGAUGAUCUGUGCCUGGAUGCAUCACGGCUUAACGGACCUGUUGUUAUGCUGAAGUGCCACCACAUGAAAGGAAACCAGAUGUUUGAGUACGAUGCAGAGCGGCUGACUCUGCUCCAUGUGAACAGUAACCAGUGUCUGGACAUGCCUUCUGAAGAAGAUAAGAUGGUUCCCACUCUCAGAGACUGCAGCGGCAGGCGAUCACAGCAGUGGAUCUUGAGGAACAUGACGUUAACUGUCUGACAGAGCCGGCCACAACCAGUUCAGACCUGAAUCUCGGCACACACCACACAACACGAGACCUGGAGUCAGGGUUAUGGCCUUCUUCACAGCUCUGUGAACUGUCAUUUUCUGGUUUAUGAUUGAGUCCAGCCAGGCUUUGAUCAGGAGAACCACACACAGCCCAUUUGCUGACCAAUUUGUGACCAGGCUUGUGUCUCUGUUCGUGUCUGGACUGUUUUUUUUAGCUCUCAGAUUCACUGGUCUGGGGUCAGAUCACAGCUCAUGACUAGCUCUUGGCGAGGUUUGAACACUUGCUGUCUCUAACCCGAGCAUGUUUCACUGGCUAUCUAUGCUGCUCAUCCUGUGUGGGAGUUCUGGUGCCUCUUAAUAUCCUACAUGUCAUAUCUUUUACAGUAGCCCAUAUGUUUCUUUUGAGAUGGAGUGAUUGUGUCAGCUUCCACUGUGCUGAAGUGCAUUUAACUCUGAGCAGAAGUUUAACUCAGCUCUGCUUUCCUUACAGCACCUAAAGGGAUUGUGUGUUGGUCAGCGGAUUGUAUGCCAACUGUAUUACUUGCUGCUGUUUCACAAAACUAACUUGAUCUCUUUCAGGAAGGCUGUAAUAUAUUCUUGACCUGCCUUAGAGGGAUAGUUGCCCAAAAAUUAAAAUUAUUAAAACUGUUUGAAUUUCUUUCUUCUGUUGAACACAAAACUGGCACAUUUUAGGUAACCUAAAUUGUUUCAUUGUUUUGAGUAUACAAAACCUUUUUUUUUUUUUCUGAAACCAAGCUGAGGAUUUCUAGUUCUAUGUUUUGCCAUGGCACUCAAAAAGAAGAAUAAAUGCUAAAAUUAAGUGUUUUAUAAUAUAGGAGUAGAAGAUUUAGUAGUUUAGUAGAGCUAAAGGGGAAGUUGUGGCCUAAUGGUUAGAGAGUCGGACUCACAAUCCAAGGGUUGUGAGUUCGAGUCUCGGGCCGGCAGGAAUUGUAGGUGGGGGGAGUGUAUGUACAGCACUCUCUCCACCCU